AGCGGGGGUCACAUUGGUGGAGAUGAGACGGAAGGUGACGCCGGUUGGAUUGAGGGUGUGGCCAUUCUGGGCGCGGUGCUUGUUGUUGUCCUUGUCACCGCCGUAAACGACUGGCAAAAGGAGCGUCAGUUCCGGGGCCUGCAGGACAAAAUCGAGUCAGACCACCGAAUAUCCGUUAUGCGAGAUGGGGACUUCAUCGAAUGUCUUGUGGGUGAAAUCGUUGUCGGGGACAUCUGCCUCAUCAAAUACGGUGAUCUACUGCCAGCUGAUGGUGUCAUUAUCCAAAGCAAUGACUUAAAGGUGGAUGAAAGUUCCCUAACAGGAGAGGCUGACCAUGUGAAGAAGGGAGAACACAUUGAUCCCAUGCUCCUGUCAGCCUCAGGCGUGUUGUUUUUUCCCGGUAGUAUCGCCCUUAUCAGCUUUUGGCAAUGUCUGCGUCGAUAG